AUGGUUCUCAGCGCCCACGAGAUCUCACAGUUGCGCGCUGCUCUACAGGACGCCGUAGUCAAGUGCUCAGAAAGAUGUUUAUACCAGUCGUCAAAAUGGGCUGCCGAACUACUCAAUGCGCUCCCCGAAACCGACGAUGACGAAGAAAACAUCAAUCCUGCGGAUCCCGGCCACGUUUCUCCCAUAUUCGCUGCGAAUACCGAUCCUGAAGAAGCGAUACUCGAGACCAGGGAACUUAGCAAAUACCUCUUGGCCAAAUCUCUCUUCGACUGUCGAGAGUACGAUCGCUGCGCUGCCGUUUUCCUGCCUGAUUCGCUUCUUUCCAGCGUCCUUGCCUCACGUGUCCACAAUUCUUCAGCAUCUUCUGCAGCGGCUAAAGGAAAGGGGAAAGGAAAGGCAGUGGAAGCAUCGGGUGUGAUACCGCUGCCUAAGCUCAGUCAGAAAAGUCUCUUCCUGGCCCUUUAUGCCAAGUUCAUCUCUGGGGAGAAGCGUAGAAAUGAAGAUUCAGAAAUGGUUAUGGGCCCUCAAGAUCUUGGAACGGUAGCCAACAAGCAGUUGCUUGUUAUAGGUCGUUUCUUGGCCACUUGGUUCGAGGAGAGAACGACAGAAGACGAUGAAGUCCUAGGUAGUCAGGGAUGGCUUGAAUAUCUAUAUGGAAUGGUGCUCGCUAAAGAGAAGAACGAUGAUAAGGCAUUGGAAUACUUCAUCCGAAGUGUGCACAAGUACACCAUGAAUUGGGGGUGCUGGUUGGAAAUGACGUCGCUAAUAUCUCGAGUCGAGGACUUGAACCGAAUAUCCAGACAUUGUCCCCAAAACAUUGUCUCUUACAUGUUCCACCUGCACACUUCUCUGGAACUCUACCAACAAGGCCCUGGUCUGGCCAACUCCCUCGAACAGCUUCUUUCAAUAUUCCCCACAUCCUCAUUCCUCCUCACAUGCAAUGCAUUAUUAGCGUAUCACGCCAAGGAUCUUAUGGCUGCUGAACAGCAUUUUACUCGAUUGCUGGCACUCCAUCCUCAUCGGCUAGAUUCACUCGACCAUUAUUCUAACAUUCUCUACGUCCUCAACCUCCGACCAAAGCUAGCGUUCCUCGCGCAUCUUUGCUCUAGUGUCGACAAGUUUAGACCGGAGUCUUGUGUUGUGAUCGGAAAUUAUUACUCCUUACUAUCUAUGCAUGAGAAGGCUGUGCAGUACUUUCGACGUGCUUUGACACUGGAUCGAUCAUGCCUUUCAGCAUGGACGUUGAUGGGCCAUGAGUAUGUUGAGCUCAAGAAUACUCAUGCAGCGAUCGAGUCGUACCGUCGUGCUGUCGACGUGAACCGCCGGGACUAUCGGGCCUGGUAUGGUCUAGGUCAGACAUACGAGAUGCUGGAAAUGCACACAUAUUCAUUAUGGUACUACAAGAAGGCGGCUGGUCUGCGGCCGUGGGAUGGAAAGAUGUGGAUGGCCGUAGGUUCAUGCCUACAGAAAAUGGGCCGAGAACGCGACGGUAUCAAGGCACUGAAACGAGCCUUGCUCGCGGAUGCAUAUUAUGACGUGGGCAGCAGCUUUGGUAGCGGAGAUCUUCUGGGAAGUCGCAGUGCCACAGGCCAUAUGGAUCCCGACAUCCUCCUACAGAUUGCAGCUAUGUACGAUCAACUAGGCGAGGAGGAAGAAGCCAGAUCCUACAUGGAGCUAUGUGUGGCUCAAGAAGAUGGUGGUGGGGCCGCAGAAGUUGACCCUGCUGAGUCGAUUGCUAUUCACAAUGACUCACCACCCGGGUCUGACAAUGGUGCUGAGGGCAAUGAGAACGCAAGCAACGAAGGCACAGGAGUCACAGCGGCGACUAGCAAGGCGCGCAUGUGGCUCGCCAAGUUCUCCAUGCGCACCGGAGACUAUAUGACGGCUUCUCGUCUUGCGUCCGAGUUAUGCCAGGACGGUGUUGAAGUGGAGGAAGCAAAGGCCCUCGUGCGAGAAGUUCGCUCACGCAUGGAGGCGACGGGAAUGCUAGACCCGCUGAGCUAG